UGGGCUAUGCGGUGGUGGCUGCGCGCCGCCGUCCUCAGCCUGCUCGCCGGCGCCGGCGCUGAGGCAGGCAACGGCCAGAGACAGUCCCGGGCCGUGGUGGGGCGCGUCGGGGAGAGCACGGUGCUGGGCUGCGACCUCCUGGACGCCCACGAAGCCCGUCCCCCUCUCUACGUGAUCGAGUGGGUCCGUUUCGGCUUCGUCCUCCCCAUCUUCAUCAAGUUCGGACUCUACUCGCCGCGGGUAGACCCGGAGUACGUCGGUCGCCUGCGGAUCGAGGAAGGCGCUUCCCUGCGCAUCGACCUCCUGCGCCCUGAGGACCAGGGUUGGUACGAGUGCCGUGUGCUCUUCCUCGACCGGCACAGCACCGAGGCUGACUUCCAGAACGGCACCUGGAUCCAUCUCACCGUCAACGCACCCCCCACCUUCCUCGAGACCCCCCCUGAAUUCGUGGAGGUGCGGGACCGGGAGACACUGAGCCUUACCUGCACGGCUGCCGGGAACCCCCAGCCUGUUGUCAUCUGGAAGAGGAGUGACUUGGCUGUCCAGAGCGGGGACACAGUGCAGGUGAGGAAUGGGACACUGAGCAUUGCUGUUGUGGAACGUGCCAGUGCAGGCACCUACACCUGUCAUGCUUCCAGCAAGGAGGGCACCAUCACCCACACCACCCGCGUGCUCGUGCAGGGGCCACCCAUCAUUGUGGUGCCACCCCAGAAUGUCACUGUCAACAUCUCCCAAGAUGCCUUUCUGGCUUGCCAGGCUGAGGCAUACCCAGGAAACCUCACCUACACCUGGUUCCAGGGCAGCAGCAAUGUCUUCCACCUCAGCCACCUCCAGGCUCGGGUCCGCAUCCUGGUGGAUGGGAGUCUCUUGCUCCAGCAAACGACCCCAGAUGAUGCUGGCAAAUACACCUGCACCCCCAGCAACGGGCUGUGGAAGCCGCCUUCUGCCUCUGCCUUUGUCACAGUGCUGUAUCCGGCACAGGUGACCACCAUGCUCCCAGAGACCCACCUGCCCAAGGGGAUGCAGGGUGUGAUCCACUGCCCCACCAGGGCCAACCCCCCUCUGCUCUCCGUCAGUUGGACGAGGGACGGGCGCCCGCUGGAGCUGGACAAGUUCCCUGGCUGGUCCAUCAGACCGGAUGGCUCCAUUGUUGUUGCCAUGGGAAACGACGAUGCUCUGGGAGUGUACAGAUGCACCCCGUACAACAGCUACGGCACUGCUGGCGAGUCCCAGCCCACCCGUGUCCUGCUGAAGGACCCCCCAGCCUUCACCCUGCGUCCCAAGGAGGAGUACUUCCAGGAGGUGGGCCGGGAGCUGGUGGUUCCCUGUGCUGCCCAUGGGGAUCCCCCCCCAACUGUCACCUGGCUGAAGGUGGGCAGUGUGGGGCAGAGCGGUGCCCAGGUGGAUGGGAACAGCAGCCUCGUCUUCCGCCCACUCAUCAAGGAGCAGCAUGGAGUCUGGGAGUGCACAGCCACCAACCAGGUGGCCAGCAUCAGCACCACCACCUCUGUCCAUGUUCUGGGUACCAGUCCUCACGCUGUCACCAAUGUCUCUGUCUUCCCCCUCCUGCUGGCAGCCAAUAUCUCCUGGGAGCCAGGGUUUGAUGGGGGUUAUUUCCAGAGGUUCAGUGUCUGGUACACACCACUGAUAAAGCAUCCACCCCGGGCCCAUCACGACUGGGUGUCUCUCUCAGUGCCUGUGGGGGCUCAGCACCUCUUGGUGGAGAAUCUGCAGCCAGACAUGAGCUACCAGUUCAGCGUCCUGGCCCAGAACAAGCUGGGCAGUGGCCCCUUCAGCCAGAUUGUCACCUCUGUGCCCAGGGGCUUCCCAGUGACCACAGUGCCUCCGGAGCCACCAGCUGUGACCAUCCAAGUCUUCCUGUCCCCUCCGCAGGCUCUGACCGCCAACGAGACGGCACGGGGGGUCCUGCUGCGGUGGGAGCCCCCGGCACAGUUCUCGGUGGCGCUGAGCGGUUACGCGCUGGAGCUGCGGCAGGACAAGGGCAGCUGGGAGGUGCUGGACCGCUCCAUCCCCAGCACCAAGACCCAGGUCCUGGUGCCAGGACUCAUCAAGGACGCCUUCUAUGAGUUCCGACUGGUGGCCUUUGCUGGCAGCUACAUCAGUGAUCCCAGCAACACAGUGAACGUCUCCACAGCAGGUAUGGAAGUGUAUCCAUCUCGUACCCAGCUGCCAGAGCUCCUGCCACAGCCAGUGCUGGCAGGGGUCAUUGGGGGGAUCUGCUUCCUCAGCGUGGCAGUCAUCUUCAGCACCGUGGCUGCCUGCAUCAUGAAUCGCCGGCGUGCUGCACGCAUCCAGAAGCGAAGGCAAGAUCCACCACUCGUCUUCUCCCCCAGCAAGAAGCUUCAACCUUCACACAGUUCUCGUGGCUCUGGUAGCCCAGACAGCACCGUGAAACUGAAGCUGCAGCCAUCUCCUUACCAGAGCCUGCGCCAGACGCUGCUGUGGGGCGAGAAGGCGGGCACCAGCCUGGGUCUCAGCAUCGCCGGGGCCGGUUCCCGGUACGCUGUCUACGAGAGCCAUGUCGGGGAGCACAUCCCCCUGGAGCGCAUCUCCCGUGGCCCUGACGGGCGCUUCGUGGUGGAGACACACCCAGAGGAGCACAGCUUCGGGGCGCUGCCCUACACCAAGCCCGAGUCAGACCCUCAGCAGGACCCUCCGGGCCCACAACCCGAGCCCUACCUCCAGCUGUCCCCAGAGGAGGAGGAGGAGGAGGAAGAGCCCAUCUGGCGCAAGAGGGUCUCUCUGCGCCCCCGGCCCAUGGGGCAGACCCACCAUGGGGCCCGGGCCAGCUACCGCCAGGGCCGUUACUUUGGCUACGGCAGCAGCAGCCCCGUGGAUGAGGCCACGGCACUGUGCAUCGUCAACAUCAGCCCUGUGGCCUCGGCUGCCACCACCCUGCCUUACAGCGCCAUGGAGGAGCUGCGCCACAGCCCUGGCAGCACUGAGCCCUACCAGAGCUCUGCCAGCGCCCUGUGGGACCUCGGCCCCCUCCAGGGCUCCCCCCGGCCAUCCCUUGGCCCCCCACCCUCUCCCAGCCUUGGGGGCAGCCGGCAGUCAGCUGGCCCCUUAGCCCAGAGCGGGAUCCUCCAGUACCUGAGCCUGCCCUUCUUCAAGGAGAUGUGUGUGGAUGGGGACUGGCCGGCCCCAGAGGAGCCAGCGGAGCCCACCUCUGUGGGCAGCCAGCCAGAACCCCCACUAGCCCCCCCUCCUGCCUUGCUGGGGCCUGGGGGCUCCCCACCACGCGUGGGGCGGACGCUGUGCCCAGAUUGCAUCGACACAUGUGCCAAUACCACCUCUCCCCCAGCCAUCGAUUUCCUCAAGCCCCCCAGGCUGCCAGUGGGUCCUGCCAAGGCCUCACGACCCGGCACCCCAGCUGGCCUGCAGCCCCCCACCCAGCUGGCUCCCCACUUCCUUGCUGGCAGCAGGACUGAGGCUGCAGAGCCCAACUGGGGAGCAGCCAGGCUCCUGGAUUCUGCACCCCCCGAGAAACUUGCCCGGGGCAGCUUGACCAGCCAGAGCAGUGGCCGGGGCAGUGCCUCCUUCCUGCGGCCUCCACUGGCACCGUCCCUGGGGGCAUCUGCCUGGGCACCCCCGUCAAGGAGGGGAGUAAGCUGGCAGAGUGGGGGCUCAGCAGCAGAGGAUGGAAGGGUGAGGACAGAUCCAGCCCUCGGCAGCGCUGGGAAGAGGAGGAACACCUCGGUGGAUGAGAACUACGAGUGGGACGCUGAGUUCGCCCUGGAGUCGGACAUCCUCCAAGCGCUGCAGCUCUACCGCAGCGGGGCCCCGGAACGGCCCAUCUCCACCAUCGCCCUGCGCGACCUGGAGAGGCAGAGUGAAAUGGCAAACCGGGGACCCUCAUACGGCCUCAGCCGGGAGGUGCAGCAGAAGAUCGAUCGGCAAUAUGACCCCGAGCUGGAGCAGAUCCUGGUGCGGUGGAUCCUGGCACAGUGCGGCGGGGACGUGGCGCAACCAGCCCCCGGCAGGGAUGGCUUCCAGCAGUGGCUGAAAGAUGGCACCGUGCUGUGCCGGCUCAUCAACAGCCUGCACCCGCGGGGCCAGGGGCCAGUGGCCAAAAUCCAGGCGUCUGCCAUGGCCUUCAAGCAGAUGGAGCAGAUCUCACAGUUCCUGCAGGCAGCAGAGCGCUACGGCAUUGCUGCCACCGACAUCUUCCAGACCGUCGACCUCUGGGAAGGUAAGAACAUGGCAUGUGUGCAGAGGACCCUGAUGAACCUGGGCAGCUUGGCCGUGGCCAAAGGCGACGGGCUCUUCGUGGGAGACCCCAACUGGUUCCCCAAGAAGUCGCAGGAGAACCGGCGCGUCUUCUCCGAGGACAAGCUAAAGGAAGGCCAGAGCGUCAUUGGGCUGCAGAUGGGCACCAACCGGGGCGCCUCCCAGGCUGGCAUGACGGGCUACGGGAUGCCCCGCCAGAUCCUCUGAGCGCCUUGCACCCCUGGCACGGCCCCCCCAGGCCCUGUCUGCAGGGGGCCCCCAGGGUCAGCCCCCAAACUGCCUAACUCCCUCCUUGUGGACCAGCCGGCUGACAUCCCCCCCCCCUCCGCCAGUGUUUCCAGGACCAAAGUCUUUUGUAAUUAUUAUUAUUUUGCUGGGUGUGGGUGGGAUUGGGGGUGCUGCCUCCCCUCAAUGCUCCGCCUGCACCCCCUCAGUGCCUUGGGGGGCAAAGUGCCCCCCCCCAGCCUUGCAGCUGUGCUGGGUGAGGGGGUCUGUUCCCCUCCUCCCUUGCACCCUAAUAAAUGGCUCCUCUUCUUU